UAGUCUGGGGCAGCAGCAGCAGGCGACACCACAGCACUGAUUUUCUUUCUAUUUGAUUUUAUGAAAGGAUAUUGAUUCUGUCUGGCUUGGGGAAAACAAAACAAAACGACAACAAUAACAAAACAGAUGUGAUUUACUUGGAUUACAACACAGUCCUACAUUAGGUUUAACAAACACACGAAUACAAUAUGGUUGUGGGCAAAAAAGAGACAGAAGAAUGUAUUCUACCAUCAGUGUGUGAAGAUGAAGGUGAAAAAGAAGAGGAUUUGGGAGGAAUCCCAAGCAGGCCUGUCAGCAGACCAAGAAGUCUAUACAGUAGAGGGAGUGUGAAUGGCAAAAGAGUGCCAGUGGGUGAGAGAUCACCCAGCCAGCAUCGAACCAGAGUGGGGCUUCAGAAUGACGAUUAUACAAAUGAGGAGAAUGAUGAGCUAGGGGAAUGUAGAACUAGCCGCCCAGCUGACAAACCACGGAAGGUGGCAGAGUGUGUCAUCAGUGCUGAAGACUAUGACAUAGACCUGGAAUUCGACUGCUUUCACAAUGAAAGGCCACUAUACGACCCUACAGGCCAGACUCACUACAGAGAGGCUUGUAAGAUGCUGAACGUUAUUCCAGUGUCCCACUUCCUUCGAAAUAUAAACCAGAGUGAGCUCAACAUGAUGCAUUGUGGGUUGGGUCCACAGGGCACCAAAGCUCUGGCCAUUUCCUUGGUAAACAACACCUCUAUCCUGAAGCUGAAUUUGCGAGAUAAUUGGAUGGAAGGAAUGGGCGGGGCUGCCAUUGCUGACAUGCUCAAAGAGAACUGCUACAUCACAGAAAUUGAUCUGUCAGAAAACCGGAUUGGUGAGGAUGGAUCCAGGGCAUUGGCCAGCAUGCUGCUGGAAAACACUGUCCUGCUUUCUUUCAACCUCUCAGGAAACCAUCUGGAUGAUCGGGCGGCCAGACACCUGGCUCCAGCUCUGACCGGCAACCAGAAGCUUCAGCACCUCGACUUGAGCCACAACAGAUUCGGAGAUACGGCAGGAGAAAUCCUGGGUGCUGCUAUUGCCGAGAACACAGCAAUGAAGUCACUCAAUCUGGCUUGGAAUUAUAUUCGAGGAAAAGGAGCCAUUGCAUUUGGGAAAGGCCUGGGGGGAAACAUCUUCCUGCGGACCCUGGAUUUGUCGUACAAUGGCCUGGGCAAAGAGGGAGCCAUUGCUUUAGAGGAAGCACUCAAACUCAACAACACACUUGAGGAUCUGAAUAUUAGCAAUAAUCGCAUGCCUCUUGAAGGUGCCAUACAUGUUGCGCUGGGCCUCAAAGAGAACACAACUCUACGAAUUCUCAAAAUGUCUCGGAAUCCGAUGCAGUCAGCAGGGUGCUUCGCCAUUCUAAAAUCAGUACAAGCAAACCCAGAAUCUGCAAUAGAGUUCUUGGACUUCUCUGACAUUGACGUGGACCGAGAGUUUGAAGACUUGUUUAACACCAUGAAAGGCCAACUCCCAAACCUUCAAGUGAAACAUGGUGGAAAAAUUAAGACUGCACUAAAAAAGAGCUGAACUUUCAGUUACAUUUUCUGAUGUUCAGAAACAUCUGGACAAUCUACUUGUAAUCAUGUGGUCAGUUAAAGGGUUAGUUCACCCCCCCAAAAAUGUAAUUCUAACAUUGUUUACACACCCUCAAACCCUUAUGACUUUCUUUCUUAAGUGGAACACAAGAAGAGACAUUUUGAAUAAAGUUGACGCUGCUCUUUCCCUUACAAUGAAAGUGAAUGGUGACUGAGGCUGUAAGUCCCAGACUUUCUCCCUAACAUUUCCUUUUGUGUUACACAUAGUCAUACAGGUUUUGAGUGACAUGAGGGUAAGUCAAUAUAAUGUCAGAAGUUUUAUUUUAGAGUGAACUAUGUCUUUAACUGAAUUGCAAAUAUAUUUUUAAACUUGUCAAAAAACGAUAAAUAAAAAUAGACUUAUCCCAGAACCUUCCACAUGGUAUUUACUUUAGUGGUUAAGCACAAUUAGAACUGAUGACAGCUUUAGUAACCUCAUGUAUAGUACAAUCUGCACUUCUUAUUUAACUCUACAUGAUUUUCA